CCUGCCUGAUCCUGCUUCCUUCCCUUCUGGUGUCUGUGGCCGCCAUUCCGUCGUUUACAUCCAACAUGACGUCUGUGGAAAUUCCAGAGGAUACAAAAGUUGGUGACACGGUUUUCUGGAUGACGGUCAAUGACCCGACUCAGAGCGAUCUGAUCUUUGGCAUCACUCCAUCAAGUUAUUCCGGUUUCUUCAAUGUCACAAAUAGUACUGGAGAGGUGACACUCCGGGCCUUGCUGGAUUACGAGACAACGACACAUUUUGAAAUAGAGAUCUUUGUGCUGCAAUUAAACGAAAGAGUCACAAAGUAUAUGCUAGUGAAGAUACUGGAUCGGAAUGACAAUAAGCCUAUUUUCAUGAAUACUGUCUCCUCCAUCAGCAUCAGUGAGAUCCUGCCGCCGGGCUCCGUGAUAUACAACGCGACGGCAAAAGACGCAGAUUCAGGACUAGCAGGGUCAGUGAUCUACAACAUCAGCGGGGUCGUCCCCAACAACAACGAGACCAAGAAUCUCUUCACCAUCGAGAUAAAUGGUUCCGUCAUUCUCCAAGACAAACUGAGCUAUAACAACAAGAGUUCCUCCUACCAGCUGAAACUUGGGGCCUGUGACAGGGGGGGCGAGUAUAACGGGAAACACGUCACCCAGUGCUCCGAUCCCUUCUACCUGUCCAUCACUGUGAUCGACGAGGCUGACCUGGACCCUCAGUUUCUCCGGGAGUUCUACUCGGCCUCGGUGGCUGAGGAUGCACCUGAGGGGACAUCAGUGCUGAAGGUGGAGGCUGUGGAUGGCGACAAAGGUCUCAACUGGGAACUGACAUACAGCAUCACGGACUCCACCAAUCCUGGCUGGUUCCGCAUUAAUUCUUCAAGUGGGGUGAUCGAAGUUGACGGUCCCUUGGACCGUGAGGAGAAUGAGGAGGUGCGGCUGCAGGUGACGGCCACGGAGACGAAAAAUAACACCUACGGGCAGAUGGCCAAGACGAGCACAUGGGUGACACUGACUGUGACAGAUGUCAAUGACAACGUUCCUGAGUUUUUCAACUGCAGCUUCCCGAAGUGUGCUUUCUCUCCCCAAGAACGGCAAAAUAACUUCUCUGGCUCCGUGGACGAGCACGCAUCCACGCGCAUCCCCAUCGACAACCUCACCAUGGUGGUCUAUGACCCCGACAAGGGCACCAAUGGUACCUUCACGCUGACACUGGUGGGUCCCGGUUCCAACGCCUUCAGCGUCUCUCCAGAGCGUGCCUCGGGCUCAGCCGACGUGCAGGUGCUGGUGAAAAACUCGACGUUGGUGGACUUUGAGAAAACUCCAGUCAUCACAGUGAAGGUCGUGGCCAACGACACGGAAAGCGGCAACACCUCUGAAGCUAACGUGACCAUCUAUCUUCGAGACAUCAAUGACCACAGGCCCACCUUCCCCCAACAGCAGUACGACUUAAAGGUCCAGGAAAACUGCACAAAGAAUGUCGUCAUCGAAAACAUCACCGCGUAUGACGAAGACCAGGGCUACUGGGGCGAGAUCACGUACAGUCUGGUACCAGGAAGCGGGGCUGACAACUUUGAGGUGAAUUCUACAACGGGGGGACUGUUCGUGAAAGACUGUUCGUUGCUGGACCGGGAGAAGCAGUCCGUGUACUACCUCACGCUGCAGGCCACAGACAGCGGGGGUCAGUCUACCACCACCAACCUGCAGAUCACCCUGGAGGACAUCAACGACAACCCGCCCCAAGUCAUUGGCACCUACAACAUCUUCGUCGAGGAGGGAGAGAACAGUACAGUCUCUGAGUGUAUCCAGGCCAUUGAUGUCGACGAGCCAGGAACCAACAACAGUCUCCUGCAGUUCAAACUAGAAGACUCGAAAUACAGCAGUAACUUCUCAGUGAACGCCACAGGUUGCAUCUUCAAUAAGGGGCCCCUGGACAGAGAAGCCAUCGAUCGUGAGCUGGACGGUCGCAUCGUGCUGACGGUGAACGUCAGUGACUGUGGCAACCCAGUCCUGAGUACCUUGGUCAAUGUCACCAUCACCGUGGAGGACAUCAAUGAUAACAGCCCCGUCUUCAGCCUUUCCAGCUACAAUUUCUCCGUGAAUGAGAGAGAGUCUGAUGUUCAGGUGGGCGUGGUCGACGCCUGGGACGCAGACCAGACGACCGCCAACAACCGCAUCAGCUUCCGCCUCUCGGGCAGUGGAUCCAAUAACUUCAUCAUGAAAGCAAACUCCUCCUCCUCGCUGUCCCUGGGGCAGGCCGAGGGCCUCCUCUGGCUGCCCCCCGACGUGACCCUCGACUACGAGACCCAGAAAACUUACAACUUCAACGUGACGGCGGAGAACCCCGAUCCGGGCUCCCCUUCGGCCACGGCCAGCGUGGUCGUGUGGGUGCUGGACGUGAACGACGAGCAGCCCGUACUGGUGGCUUCCUCGCUGAAGGGCGUGACCGUGGCCGAGAACGGGACGCAGCAGGGCGAGGUGACUCAGGUGAAGGCCACGGACCCCGACACCACGGCCCAGCUGGAGAUCCAGCAGGUGAACGUCUUCUGUCACAAGGACGGGGCAGACGUGGGCAGCCUCUGCAGCGGCUGGUUCUCGGUGCUGCCCAGCGGCUCUGUGGUCAUCCGUGAGAGCACGGUCAUCGACUACGAGACCUGUGACCAGGUGACCCUGGUCGUGCGAGCCCAUGACAAGAACACAAAGAACAACUUCCAGGCUUACAGCAGCAAUGGAACCCUCGUCAUCACCAUCCAGGACGUGAAUGACAACGCACCCUAUUUUCUGCCGAUCGAUAAAACCUUCGUGAUCAUCUGGGAACUGAUGAGCCCGGGCAAGCAGGUAGCGGAUGUCCAGGCCAGAGACAACGACUCAGUGACAAACGGGAACAUCCGGUUCUCCAUCUCGAAAGUGGAAUUUGUUCCUAAGAAAGGACCCACGACCUCUUUCCCCCAGGGCUUCCGGGUCAUGACCAUCUCCGAGGGCAGAUUGUUCACUGGCAACAUUGAACUAGUGACCAGCCUCGACAAUAGACUCCAAGGCACCUACGAAGUGACAGUUCAGGCUCAGGACAUUCCUUCCAUCGGUUCCCCCCUCGAAACGCAAACCACCCUGAAUAUCUUCACCGUGGAUCAGAGUUACCGCAUAACCUUGGAAUUCUCCUCUAGCAAGGAUGAAGUGGGCGCCAACGUGGAGAAGAUUAAGACCGCCCUGGGCCUGGCCACCAGGACCACCGUCUACGUCGUGGACAUCAAGGACAAAGAUGCAGCUGCGCGGGCCCAAGGCCACACCUACCUGGACGCCUACUUUGUCUAUCCCAAUGGCACAGCCCUGACCCUUGACCAGCUGAGUGUGAUGAUUCGAGGCGACCAGAGCUCACUGAAGGAGUUACUGGAUCUGGGUCUGGUGGUGCUGGGUGCCGAAGACAAACAGAACUCGGACGUGACGCAAAGGCUCACCGGGGUCAUCAUAGGCCUGGGGGUCGCCCUGGCUCUGCUCAUUGCCAUCAUGACCACGGCCCUCGUGUGUGUGCGGAGGAGCUACAAACGGGAACUUCGGGCUGUGAAGGCUGCCAAGGAGGCCCGCCAGACUGUGCCCGGAGUGACAUCCACAUCCUCAGCCAUCCCCGGGACUAACGUGUACAACUCUGAUCGAGCCAAUCCCAUGCUGAAUCUCGCCACCAAGGAUCUGGGCUUCGAGUCUCAAUCCUCCUCUAGUGACGUGGACCGCACCAGUCUCAACUCCCUGGAUGAAAACUCUGUGGACCUGGGAAAGGAGAAGGAGAAGGUGGAAAAGAAGAAGGAGCCCCAGAAGAAGCAGAAGGAGGCAGCUAAAGUGCCCCAGCAGGAUCAGACGGAGAACAAGGACGAAGGGUUUCUGAGCGCAGUGCUGUCCGACAGAAAGGAGAGCACGAGUCGAGAGCAGAGAGUGGCCUUCUCCAACCCUACCUUCGACGACACCGAAGACUCCACUAUAUGAACUCUCCCCCCACCCCCACCCCCGCGCCCCCCGGCCCUGUUUUUCUGGCCAGCACCUCAGAA